AUGGCAGAGGUACUCGCUACCGCACCUGCCAUUGCGACUUUUGCGACGCUCGCCUUUCAAUCCUCUGUCGCCCUUCAUCAGACCGUACAAAGCCUUCAGUCCCGCGACAAAAUGAUUCGAGAACUUCUUCAAGAGUUGGAUGCGCUUCAAAAUGUGCUCCAGGCGCUGGCGGAGUCAAUAGGAAGCCUUAACGUCGAUCUUGCGUCGCUUGAACAACCUCUGAUGAGAUGCACAAACGCCUGUGGAGAAUUCAACACACUGAUAAAACGAUGCACCACCCAUUCUACGGAUCAGGAGGCUAGCAGAAGAGAUUGGCUCAGACUGAGGUACAUGGGAGAAGACAUAUCUGGUUUCCGAAAUAUGGUAGCGGGGUAUAAAUCGACAAUAUCAAUUGCACUUGCUUAUGCAAACUUACGAAGUAUGAGGACUACGAGAGCUGCUGUUGAGGAAUACGAAGACUUCUUAGAGGAUACAAAAUGUGAUCUGGAAAGUCACCUGGACGGUAUUCGAGCGCGGAUACAGACAGUGUACGCAAAAGGCCAUGUGGUUGCUGGGGUUGAAACAUCAGAACUCCAAGUGAUGGAGGAAGAAAAAGAAAACACACAAAUGAGUUUGAAGAUUUGUGAGGAGUUCCUUUCAUUUAUAGACCAGUCGCGACGCGGUCUACUAGGUGAUACGGAAGAUUCCUCCAGGCCUGUUGAAUCCAAACCCCUGCGUGUGGCCCCUAUGAAAACAAGAUAUCAUGACGGCCUCGCUAGCUCAGUCUCAACCUUGGGGCUGAUGACUGACGAAACUUUGCAAGAUGCUAUUCGGUACUCUGGCCAAGGGCGACUGCGGGAGGCGGACGCUUUGCCCCAAACUUUGCGAUUGGAACACCUCAAACAGUUGACCAACAACGAAAUAAACCCUUACUCAGCGAGGCAUUCUGCAAAUUCCAGCAGCAAUUGGCUUAGGGAAGGACCAGAAUCUAAUAACAAAAGUUCAGCAGACCAAGCCACUGAUUCAAGUAGCCUUCCAGUGGGUGAUUGCGAGAGUGAUAUAUCAAAGCCUCCAUCUGUCUUUUCUAUGGCGACAGUGCCAUUGACCGCUUUCACCACCGACACUCGCCUUACUGCAGAGGAGAUUCGCACAGCCAUUGAUAAGCUUGUCUGUAUAUUUUUGGAAGAUACAGAAAUCGAUUACUUGUUCAGAGAAGCAAUAUCGAAACAUUACAUAGCUUUUGAUCGCCUGGACCGAAACUUCCGGAGGCUCUUAAAACAGUUCGCUACAAACCUGAAGGACGAGGCACAGGAAGCAAUUGAUGUUGACCUCGCGAACCUCAUUUUUUCAAGGGCCAGACUAGUCGCCGAGAAAAUUGGCACCAGCUUUAAGCUGGGAUCUUCUGGGCUCGACAAUUUCCCUCAAAGCUCACCACGAAUGCAUGGGAGCUUUGAAUUUGCGCUUCGAUUUGCACAAGAUAACCAAGACGUCAGCAGUGAUGAGGACGACAGGAAGGAACCUAUAAUCGAUGAUCGAUUUGCUAGGCUGGUGUCCCAUGGCCGCAGCUUUAUCGAAGAGAGUGCUGCUUUUCAGAAGUUGCGAGUGGAACUCAAAAACUUCCUCAUGCCGACUUUCAAGCCUAUCUUCCUAGAUUUCAGAUUCGAUUCAGAUGAAUGGAUGAUAAGAUGCUUCUGGUGCAUGGAAAAACUUCUAUCAAGCAUCGGGCCUUUAGAGGAGAGUGAUUCGUCACAUCUAUUUUCUACCCGACCUUCAGUUCUGACACCAUCUCGAGAGAUAGUACUCUUUUCUGAGCCUAUAGCUCUUGAUACGAACGUCCAUUCCACAGAGCUACCUACCCCUUGGUCCAGCAUUCAAGUUAUCGGAUUUCUGGGUCUUAGCUUCAAACUCAACCGCUUGCAGUGGGCGCGGUAA